AUGGCUAGCAGACUCGGUUUCUCCUCUUUGUCUCCCACCCUAUUUCUCUCCCUCAUGUUCCCUGCAUUGUUGCUCCUACACCUGCCUGGCACGGUGAAAGGGGACUGUUGGCUGAUAGAGGGGGAUAAAGGCUACGUUUGGCUGGCUAUCUGCAGUCAGAACCAGCCUCCAUAUGAGACCAUUCCCCAGCACAUCAACAGCACGGUCCAUGACCUGAGGCUGAAUGAGAACAAACUUAAGGCUGUGCUCUUCACCUCCAUGUACCGCUUCACAAACCUUACUGACCUCAAUCUAACCAAGAACGAGAUCAGCUACAUCGAGGAUGGGGCCUUUGCUGGACAGGCCAACCUACAGGUUCUUCAGUUGGGCUACAACAAGCUGACCAACCUGACUGAGGGCAUGUUGAGAGGUCUGGGUCGAAUGCAGUGCCUCUUCCUGCAACACAACCUCAUCGAGAUCAUCGCCACCAAUACCUUCUGGGAGUGCCCCAGCCUGAGCAGCCUGGACUUAUCCUCCAACAAGUUGGCCCGUGUUGACCCAUCUACCUUCACUGUCCUCAACAGACUGUUAGUGUGUGAACUAGCAGGAAACCCAUUCCACUGUGGCUGUGAGCUGUAUAGCUUUCUCACCUGGCUGGAGGCAUUUAACAACGUCACCCACACCUAUGACCGCCUCCAGUGCGAAACCCCUCGUGAACUGACUGGUUACCCUCUCCUGAGUCCGGUGCCUGGACAUGGAAGAAAUGCCCGUGCAAUACUUUCAUCCGGGUGUCAGGAUGGCGUGAUAGUUACAGGGAUGUCCUACACAGGACCAGAUGCAGAUGGUUCAGGGACAGGUUUAGAGACCUCAGACCAAGGUCUGUACCACCAGCCACCCGUAUCGUCCACCACUGAUCCUACCUAUAGCCAUCAGAUUUCUAUGACGCUUCAAACAGUCUCUCUCUACACAGCUUCUCUAAUGGUGCAGAUCCCACGACCAUACAGUAAGAUGUACAUCCUCUCCCAGUACAACUACACUUUUGUUGCAGAUAUCAUGCCCCUUAAGAACAAGAAGGAAAUAAUCAAUUUGGAUAAGCUGAAACCACACACCAACUUCACCUUCUGUGUGGCUUCUGUAAGCAAAUCUCAGCGCUACAACCACACUUGUCUGUCCUUUACUACAAGAGCUAUUGGAACAGAGAACACCCGAGCCAAUCCGUCUACAACUACCCACUACAUCAUGACCAUCCUAGGAUGUCUGUUUGGUAUGGUCAUUGUGCUUGGAAUUGUCUAUUACUGUCUCAGACGACGACGCAUCGCGGAAGAGAAGGAGAAAGCUAUAAGUGUGAAGAAAACUAUUUUGGAGAUGAGGUAUGGCCCAGAGGCAGCUGCGGCAGUGGCAAAUGACCCAGGAGCCAUGCAGCGUCUCCAGGAGCAGGCCCACCACCAGCACCACCAUGCAGGAGCAGCAGGCAAACUGCCCCCAUCUGCCUCCUCUAGUACAGGCAUGCUCCACAGCUCAGCCAACACCAGUUCUUCCCGCCUCUCCACCUUGCCACAGGUGGAAAAAAUGGCCUCUGCCUUCUCUGAGGCAAUGGGCGGCAAAAGCAACUACAUGGAUGUGAGGACUGCAGGAUUGGUAGGGGAAGGUAGGGAGGGAGGGGUAGCAGUUGGGGGAUCAGGGGUAGGAGGAGAAGUAGUUGUGGAUAUGCGAGGUGGGGCUGAAAAUGGGACCGAGGCUGGGGAGGAUUCGGAUGAUGAUGGCCGUGGCUCAGCAUCAGAGAUCUCCACCAUAGCCAAGGAGGUGGACAAGGUGAACCAGAUCAUCAACAACUGCAUUGAUGCCCUAAAGCUGGAUGCCUCUGCUAAUGUUGUGACCACGGCUGACAAUGCCAACUCUGUGUCCUCCUCCCAGCCUCCAGCCUGCAUCACGUCCCUUCCCCGCAACCUCCUGCCCCUCUCUCCAGGCCACCCUGGAGAUCAGAUCAUGGCCUCCUCUCCAAAGGUGCAUCCUAAGUCUCACCCUCAGCCUCAACCCCAAUCGCAUCCUCAGCCACAUCCUCAGCCUCAUCCUCAGUUACAUCAGCAGCCUCAUCCACCCUCUAUGGCCCCGGUGCCCCUGGUCAUGCCCCUGUCUGAGCGGCCGGGUAUCAGUGGUGGGGGGUUCCUCUCUCCUCCUUACCGUGACCCACCCCCAGCCAAUGCAGUACGGCCCCUUCAGAGGCAGUUGAGCGCUGACACUGCUGUGAAGAGCCGUUGUGGUGCCAAUGCUGGGGGAUCUGUAAAGAGCACCAGGUUGUUCAGUGUGGAUGUCCCUGAGCAGCGCAGUGAUCCUCCCAAGUACCCAACAGAAAAAGGCAGCCCUGUCGGCUGUGGUGGAAGUGGAGGAAGUAGUGGAGUAGGUGGCUGCAAUGGAAAUGGAAUGGGAAACAUAAAUGGUGGUGGGGUUAGCAUAAAUGGAGGUGGGAUGCGGUGUAAUAAUGGAGGAGGAGGUGGAGGUGGCAUGGUUGGCCCUGGACAGCAGCAGCAGCAGCAGCAACACCACUUGGAGGUUCAGCCGGACUUCCACAGCUCUGAGCAUCGCCACUCCUUUCCUGCACUCUACUACGAGGGUGGUAACGACUCACCCUCACCAGCCCAAAAGGCCUCAUUCCUCAAGCCUCUGGGGCGCAACAAGAGAGAUGCCACAGCCGCCUACUCCCAGCUCUCACCUUCUCGUCACCACAACUACAACUCUGGCUACUCCUCCAGUCCAGAGUAUUCUUCUGAGAGCACACUGCGGAUCUGGGAGCGAUUCCGGCCUUAUAAGAAAAGCCCCCGAGAAGAAGCAUCCUAUAUAGCAGCAGGCCAUGCCCUGCGUAAGAAGGUGCAGUUUGCCAAGGACGAGGACCUUCAUGAUAUUUUGGACUACUGGAAGGGGGUUUCUGCCCAGCAGAAGCUGUGA